AUGGAUACUCUCCAGCAAGAGUCCGAUUCAAAGCAACCAACGCUUUACAGUGGGGACAGCGUGAGGAACGAAACCCCAGACCUUGAAAAGCAAUCAACAAGCCAUUCCGCCGAGACACAAGCAACAGCCACAGAACUCUACCCAGUAACGGACCUCAGCCGCGGCAUAGUAGGCUGGGACGGACAAGAUGACCCCGAGAACCCGCAGAACUUCCCCGAGGGCAAGAAAUGGACCUUGCUCGCAUUGAUCAGCGCUAUGACGCUGAUCUCUCCUCUUGCCUCGAGUAUGUUCUCGCCCGCCAUCUCAUACAUGGCACGAGAGUUCUUGGUGACCGAUAGGACGCUCUUAUCGUUCAGUGUCAGCAUCUAUCUCCUUGGAUAUACAUUUGGUCCUCUCCUGCUUGCCCCUUUGAGUGAGGUCUACGGCCGCCGCAUUGUCCUCAGCGGUGCAAAUUGGUUCUUUGUGGUCUGGCAGAUUGGCUGCGCACUCGCUCCCAACAUCGAAACACUCAUCAUCUGCCGCCUAUUCGCCGGAAUUGGUGGUUCCGGCUGUCUGACCCUCGGAGCCGGUGUCAUCGCAGAUAUGUUCCCUCCCGCCAAGCGUGGCAUGGCAACAUCUCUCUGGGCCAUGGGGCCCUUGAUUGGUCCAGUAGCAGGCCCCAUAGCCGGUGGCUUCCUCGGACAGGAAGUUGGCUGGCGCUGGACCUUUUGGGUUCUGCUCAUUGCCGGCGGUGCAUUCUCCCUUGGAGUGGAAAUAUUCAACAAGGAGACCUACGCCACUGUUUUGAUUAGGUGGAAGACCAAGAAGCUUGCAAAGGAGACAGGUCGGACAGAUUUGCGCAGUGCUUAUGACAUUGACCAGGAGCCUACUUCUGUGAGCGAGGUGCUGACACAGAGUAUGAAGCGACCGCUACUGCUGUUGAUUAAGUCACCCAUCGUGUACCUGUUGUGUCUCUACAUGUCUUUCCUCUACGGUCUGCUCUACCUCUUCUUCACCACAAUCCCUAGCGUUUUCACAGAAACGUACGGAUUCUCAGUCGGCCUCUCUGGACUUGCAUACCUAGGAAUUGGCCUCGGUUUCUUCGGCGGUUUGGCAAUCAUGGCCUUCACAAACGACCGGAUGGUCAUGGCAGCCACAACCAAGAACGGCGGCAAGUUCGAGCCCGAGAUGCGUCUCCCGGCUAUGAUCAUCUAUGCCUUCAUCCUGCCCAUCAGCUUCUUCUGGUACGGCUGGACAGCCGAGAAGCACGUACAUUGGAUCGUGCCUAUCAUCGGCAUGUUCCCCUUCGGAGUCGGCAUGAUGGGUGUUUUCAUGCCUAUCCAGACCUACAUCAUUGAUUGUUACCCCAAGUACGCAGCGUCCGCCAAUGCCACUCUCACUGCGACUCGCUCCCUGGUGGGAGCUUUGCUUCCGCUUGCUGGGCCGGCCAUGUUUGAGGACAUGGGUCUCGGCUGGGGCAAUUCGUUGCUUGGAUUCUUGGCUUUGGCGUUCAUCCCGAUUCCGAUUCUCUUCAUCAAGUAUGGCAAGGUCAUCAGGUUGAAGUAUCCUAUCGACCUUGAUGCUAAGAAGAUUUGA